UUCUAAUGGUGUGGCCUAUCAGCUCAAGGAAGCUUUUGAACAGUACAUCCUAGACUGUGUCCUUCACCAGCAUAGGCAGCUGGGCACAAAGAAGACUUCUGUUUCUGGCAGUCUGACAUCAAUUAUGGCCACAGAAGGCAAUGUUCCCUUGCGUCAGAAGCCCAGGAAGAAAACUCAAGGGUUUUUCAACAUGAGUCGGAGAAGGAUAUCCUGUAAAGAUCUGGGCCACGCUGACUGCCAGGGUUGGCUGUACAAGAAAAAGGAAAAGGGAACUUUUCUAAGCAACAAAUGGAAAAAGUUCUGGGUGGUGCUGAAGGGCUCAUCGCUGUAUUGGUAUAGCAAUCAAAUGGCAGAGAAAGCAGAUGGAUUUGUCAACCUUUCAGAUUUCACAGUGGAAAGAGCCUCUGAAUGCAAGAAAAAAAAUGCAUUUAAGAUCAAUCACCCACAGAUCAAAGCCUUCUACUUUGCAGCAGAGAAUUUGCAGGAAAUGAAUGUGUGGUUAAACAAACUUGGAUUUGCUGUGACCCACCAGGAAUCCAUCACAAAGGAUGAAGAAUGUUACAGUGAGAGCGAGCAGGAAGAUCCUGAAGUUGCCGUGGAGGCACCACCCCCUCCGUAUGCUUCCACAACUUCCUCUCCUGUGGUACGUGUUGAUGCUGCACAGUGGGCAUCUUCUUCUUCACCUAAACGGAGAGAAACAUCAUGUUCUUUCUCUUCUCUGGAAAAUACAGUAAAGGCACCCAGCCAGUUUUCUUCCUCGGGAUCUAAAGAACGACAGUCCUGGCACAACAUAGUUAACAGCUCACCUGCUACUGAAGAUGCGGGGCUUCCCCUCACAUUUGCUGAGCAGGUCCACACACUUGCCUUCUCAGAAGCAAGCAAUUGCCAGGCCCCAGAAAACAACUGCAUCACAUCAGAAGGUGGUUUGUUGAACUUGUUGUCUAGUGAUGACACUUCUUCACUGAAUAACAAUAAAGACCAUCUAACAGUCCCAGACAGAGCUGCUGGAUCAAGAAUGGCAGACAGAGAAGAAAUAAAAUCAUCUGAAGAUGAUGAGAUGGAAAAAUUGUACAAAUCACUGGAGCAGGCUAGCCUGUCUCCUCUUGGGGACCGGCGGCCUUCAACCAAGAAGGAGCUGAGAAAGUCUUUUGUGAAGCGAUGCAAAAACCCAUCGAUAAACGAGAAGUUGCACAAGAUCAGAACCCUGAACAGCACAUUAAAGUGCAAAGAACACGAUUUGGCUAUGAUCAACCAGCUGCUGGAUGAUCCAAAGCUGACAGCCAGGAAGUACAGAGAGUGGAAGGUCAUGAACACCCUGCUGAUCCAGGACAUCUAUCAGCAGCAGGCACCUCAGGACCCUGAAGUCACCCCUCAGGAAGUCAUGAAUCCCACGUCUUCUGAUUGUGUGGAAAAUUCUCUUUGAGCAGAUGCCCAGAUCCCACCCCCAUUCCUGUUACUAUACCAUUCUACAGGAUGCUGCCAAGGGCAUUCAUUCUGCUUACAAGGAAAUCCCAAACCCAGUUCCUGAGACAUCAUCCAUUCCCCGCAAGGAUGCAACUGAGGUGAAGCCAGUUUUGAUGCAGUGGGAGUCCUGGCGCCCAGAUGUUGCCUUCCUCAAUACUAGAAUGAAGUGAUGGAGUUCAUCUGAGCAGGCAUAUCGUCUGUGCUUCUACUGGGAGCUGGCUGGAAUAAUAGGCUUUAGGUGGGAUGUGAAAUGGGUGAAACCCCUCUUUUUGUUUUCAAGAGAAUUACAACCUGCCAUAGACAAAAGGCUCAAUUUUACCAGGGAUAAUAAUUCAUGUUAUUUUGUUUUGCAAAAGAAGCAUGAAGAACUCCCUUUGGUGGGCAGCCAAGUUCUGCAAAACGUUGUGAGUGGAGGAAUUUCUUCCUUAUUAGCUACUGGAACUGGACGCAUGUUGGCAUUUGUGGAACACAAGGCUCUUCUUAAUGUUGAUGUUCUAUUUGCUGAGCACUUAUUUGCAGAGUAGAGCAUGGUGGGGGCAGAGAAUGGAUAGCCCAAGGAGGAGGCAUUUUUCCUGUUCUACUCAGAGGUCAGCUUCAUAAGUUCAUGCUUUACGUAGGGCAGGGGAUGUGAUUAAUAUGCCUCUUCCUCACAAUGUCUAGGAGACAAACUAUCACAUGACCUUUGGAGAUGUCGUUCCCCCCCACCCCCAGCUUCUCUGAACAGUGGUAGGAUAUUAAUACCCACUGUAAGGAAUGUUAUAUUAAGUUUACCCCUGCCUGUGGUGCCUAGAGCCAGCAUGAAUUCGUGUCCAGUUUUCCUGGGAUCCAAAUUCUCAAGGUUAUUUCUGAGUUGUUCUUAACUUGGAGAAGUACCCGGACCAGCAAAAUGGGAUCAUUUUAUUUUUGUAUGUUUAUGUGUCAAAUGGUGUGAGAUCUGAACAGUGAUCUAUGUUUCUUAUUUAAAUAUAUUUAUAGAAAUGCAAAUUAUAGUGUUCUAAAAGAAAGUGUACUAUUAUGUGUUGAUAUAUAGACUAUACAUAUAUAUGUGUGUGUGUAUAUAUAUAUAUAUAUAUAUGUCUAGAAGCAUAUCAUUUUUGCUUGAGAAAAAUAGGUAUAGUAGUGACUUACUGGUAUUGUAUUGCACUAUGAUAUAUAAAGAAUGCUCAGGAAAUCUCGAGAGAAAACCACGGGAGCAUGUAUUAAUAAUUACUAAUUUUCUGAAUGCUUUCUUUCCAUUACAACCCCACCCUCAGCUCCAGAGAUCUUACAUUUCAAUGCCUGUUACACAUCAUUUUCUUAACUAGCUCCUUAGGUUAGCUCUUCUAUUCACAAAGGUUAAGCUUUAUGAUAUUUAGUUGCCAUGAGUUGUAGACCCAAAGAAACACAUCUCACAAACUAUUGAGCCAAAUAAAAUAUAAACAAUAUGAUUCCUAAUUAUAUACUAAUAAAAAUUAAAGUUUGUCAUUAAAGAGAUCUCAAGGAAAAACAAUAUAUUAAUCAUAAUGACAACUUCUAAAUCAUAACCUUAAUUCACUGAGGACCUAUGUGUGUCUCACGUGCCCUUUGAAAAUUGUUGACGUAUAUAUUCAUAUCAUAACAUCCCAGGUGGCUCGGCAAACUCAAAUAGAAAUAGCCACCUGAUCUAUAUCUAUAAGGUGAAUAGAAAGAAUUGUUUAUUAUUUCCCUGUACUUCACCAAGACUUUUUUUGUACACUGAAAUGAAAACCAGUCCUUGCCUUAGGAGGGAAAAGUAAAGAAGCAGCAAAAAGAGAAGCAGAGAGAAGCAGAGAGAGGCAGAGAGAAGCAGAAAGAAGCAGAGAGAAGCAGAGAGAAGCAGAGAGAGAGAAGCAGACUCAUCAAGUGGCGAGACGAAGCCUGGGGAUGAGCUGAGAGGCCCUGCAGGGCCCUCCAUGGAUCCAUGCAGUUGGAGAUGCUAAUGCCUAUCAGGACUGAUUCCAUUUCCUCCUGUGGCUAGUAGCUGUUCAGAGGGCAAUGUUUUGGGGUUCACAGUGAAAGGAAGCAUUGGGGGGAGGCAAAUUAGCAUUGGAACAACCUUAGCCUGGGAGAAAAUAUCCACUCAUGUCUUUUAUUAGCAACUCCACUUUACAGACCUCCAUCCUCCCCCAAGUGGAAGCCCCAAACACUUUUUAUGAGGGCUGAUUGCUAUAUUUAAAUGUUUUACGUUGGCUUUCCACUCAUAGGUAUUUAACUGACCUUUGAAUGUAAACUCCUUUAGGAACAUUCAGAUCUAAAGGCAAAGUUGGUUCGUGAGAUUGCUUGAGCAAGUCAUAGGGUUAAUUUUCCAGGCAACUUCAAGAAAGUCAGAGCAGACAUUUCUGCUUUGGUGGAACCAGCCUGCUGAAUGUUCCCAAGUCAGUCUCAGCCGUGUCCUGACCUCCUGGGCACAAACCAACCACUCUCUGUUCCCCAGUUCUGUAAAUUAAUACUUCUUCACUCUGGGCUAAGUUUAGUCACAGCGUAGGGGUGCUUCUGUGGGUACCCAGCCUCAGCUGUGAUCCUAAGAGUAGGGUGAGGACAGACGAGGUGAGCAGGAGAGUGAGUGACACUUCUGGGUGAGGACAGAGAGAGCGACACUUCUAGAGACCCUCAGUGAAGAGAAACCAUGAGGAGCUAUCCCUUGGCCUCAAGUCUCUUCUCUGGUUCAAGAGAUUUGGGAACUAUAGAUCUCUCCUAGUUAAUGGCUGGGAAAUGGACUAUAGGUAGUGUGAGCCCAGGGGAGACUCUUGACUGUGCCUCUGGAAUGUACCAGAGCACCCAUCUCAGGACACUGGUGGUGGAUCUUUGAGCACGAAUCUUUUAGAACCCAUGGCACUGGUUAAGGAUGAGGCUUCUCUGGGGACUUUUGGGGAGGCAGGGCUGAAGGAGGACUCUUUCUUUCUGAUCUGAAGACCCAGAUGAGAGCCUGGCAGAGGACCCUCACUAGUUGAGAAGUUGCUAACACACAUAUGUCGCACGUUUUUCUGUUGUUUGCAAGAUGUCUGUCAUUUAUAAGAGUUCUUAGCUUUCCCUAUCGCUUUAAUCUGAGGUUAAAUUCAGAGUCCCAGAAAGAUGCUGGAGCGAACAGUUGCAGGAUUCCAACAGGCCAAGAAAGAGGUCAGGUUUGGAGUCAUAUUUUCAGUGUGAACCCAUGCCUUAUAUUUGCAUAGCUCUUUGAAGUUUGCUAACUGUAUGUUCCAAACCCCCUUCCCUGCGUCCUACCACCCCAUAGGCUAAUCGGGAUGAUUGUGAACUAUGGGUGUAAUGAAAUGCCUGGCUCAAAGCCCCAAGUGGUACAGCCGGAAUCUGAGUUUGAAUUUCAGGUCUGUCAGCCCCUCUGCAGAGGAGGAAUGCUUGUCUCCGCUUAGCCUGCUGGGGGAUCAAAUGGUCUGACUUGGCCCCUGUGUCUAUUACUCUGGGUUCUGCACACCUGGCUCCUGCGGCUUCUGCUGAACCCCCAGAGGCACUGCUGUGAGCAGUGUCUCCCGAAAGGUCCCGCUGCCUUGCCACUGGGUUUUCUGAGAACUGGAGCUUGGCCUGAUUGUUGUUUCUUUUAGUCCGUUCUAUAAAACACACUAUGUUAGCACUGUGAGGACUUUAAAGCUAAAGGAUACAAGUCUUUUAAAGAGCUGGAAAAUGCUCAUUUUUCUAAUUUUUCCUUUUGAGAUGCGAACUGUCCUGUCAGGUAUCAGAGACUUAGGGAUUAGAAAUGAGCCACGGAUUUGUGAUGAGGCUCAUUCCCUCAGGGAGGGUUCAGACCACAUAGUCACACAGAGGGAACAAAGGAAAAGAAAAAUAGUUUUCAGUCUUUUGAGGAGAGGUACUCUGCCGAUGUAAGCCAUAUUUAACUUUACGGACACAGGCUGCUUGUAAAAAGAGAAAGACAAUAUUUUGGAACAGCGAUACAAAUGAUCUAGGUACAAAGAGUGACUGUUCAAAUGUCACAUUAUAUUGAAGCGGUACUCAGCCCAAAUGCAGGUUUAGAAUGUAGUUCUGCUUCCCACUAACAGAAUAGGAUACACAAAGAAGAUUUCCAAUCUCUUUUCCAUCAAACAUUUCUGUAUACUUACCCACAAAAGAAAUUCAAUCCAAGAUGUAGGUUACUGCCAGCUUAAGGUUUUGUCAUCCAUAAUAGUAAAUUCCCCUCAAAUUAGAUUUUCUAAUCUCUGUGAAAUGGAUGGGUCAAAGGGAUGUUCCAUUCACAGGAAAAAAACCUUCUCAAUCACACCAUAUCACAUGGAGCACAGGAAAUCAGACCCUGCAUUUAAAAAGAAACUUCUCCAUUUCCUUCGUUGUAAAGAAACUUAGUUGCUCUGUAUUGAUGUCUCUUUAGCUUUAGUCCAAAGGGAAGCAUGCCCCAUGGAGACAUUUAACACCCUGUAAUAGAAACCAUGGUUUAAGUCACACAUGUUCUGCUGUUGCAUGAUGGGGAUGGGGUUCAACAAUGUAUGGUAUGGGGCAAGAUGUUACUGUGGGGUUGAUACCUUAUCUGUCAUUGUGCUUUUGGUUAUUGUCAUCUCUCUGUUUUGAGGAAACUGAAAACCGAGGCAUGCCUCAUUUCCCCUGUUCCCUGUUCCCCAGGAUGACUUGUAAGAUAAAGAUGAAAUGCAAACUGUCUAGUAAAAUGGUAUGGAAAAAAAAUACACUACUUGUGUUCA